CAUGUUUUCCUUGCUGUUUUGUGUGCGUUGCUGGCACGUGUUUUGUUCGUUGAUAUUUACCGAAUUCUGUGAUUGCAUUUCUUUUUAAUAUUUGUAAUUAAUAAAUAAGUCAACAAAAUGCAGCACGACGAUGUUGUGUGGAGUAUUAUAAACAAAUCUUUUUGCUCGCAUAAAGUCAAAACCGAUACACGUACAUUUUGCCGGCAUGAAUACAAUUUAACCGGUCUCUGUACGCGUCGCACUUGUCCGCUAGCCAACUCGCAAUAUGCCACAGUCCGCGAAGAAAAGGGCAUCAUUUAUCUUUACAUGAAGACUGCCGAAAGAGCACACAUGCCAAACAAAAUGUGGGAGCGUGUGAAACUGUCGCGCAACUUCGAAAAAGCCAUCCAGCAGAUUAACGAGAAUUUAGUGUUUUGGCCUAAGUAUAUGAUUACCAAAAAUAAGCAACGUUUUUUGAAAAUUACACAGUACCUCAUACGUAUGCGUAAACUUAAGCUGAGGCGACAGAAAUUGAUAGUGCCACUUUCGCGAAAGAUUGAAAGGCGGGAAACGCGUCGCGAGCAAAAGGCAUUGAUUGCUGCAAAAAUUGACAAUCACAUCGAAAAAGAGUUAUUGGAACGACUUAAAAGUGGUACAUACCAAGAUAUAUAUAAUUUCCCACAGACAGCAUUCAAUAAGGCGUUGGAAGCGGAAGAGGUGGAAGAUGAAGAGGAGAGCGAGGAAGAAGAAAAAGAACUUGAAAAGGAAAUGGAAGUGGACGAAGAGGUGCGACGUGAAUUGCUUGAUGAAGAAUUUGUUGAAGCUGAUUCAGAUGAGGCGGACGAGGGUGAGGAUGAGGAUGAGGACGAAGUAGACAGUGAUUCGGGAGAACGGCAAGAAAUUGAAGUGGACAGUGAUUUUGCUGCUUCCGAUAGUGAUGACGACGCCGACGAUAUUGAGGAUACACCAGCGCCCGGUGCUUUCAUACGCGCUCCAAUUAAGUCAAGUAAAAAGACGCCUGCAGACGCGGCCGCCAGCAGCAAUAAAACAGCGAAACGUCGCACCAAGAAACCUAAAGUGGAGAUCGAAUAUGAAAUGGAAACUGAAACUGCUGCAGAGAGGCAAAGGCUACAUAACUGAGGUACGACAGUGCGUUCGUACAUCUGUUGUUCCAACUGACGGUGCCCCCCGCCCUUUUAAGUUUUUGCUGUGUAUAGGAAGUUGUGGCAUUAGAACGAUGCAUAAUUCAAAUCGAUUUGUGUAUUCAAUAAAAACGAAUGCAAUUAAAAUACUAA